AUGGUUAACCCCGCGGUGCGCCGGGGGUCUCGUGGCGUCUUUCUCCUGAUGUUUAAGAUCGAGCUGGGGCACUCCCACACGCACCACAAUGGGGCGAUGAUGAACUCGGGACGCACAAUAGACAAGGAGCCUCUUCACCCGUGGAUUUGGGUAGCGGCUGUCACUGCUCUCAACUGUUGGCACGCAUGGUGGAGCAAGCCUACUCAUCCGAACCCCACCCAAAAAGCCAGUCCCCCGGUGGCUGUGUGGAGAAUUACCGGGCCUCCCCGUGCUCCCGCUAACCCCUUCAUUAUCCACACACCACUGGCUCCGGAUCAGAUUCUGCCCUUCUGUAACUGGGGUGGCUGGAGGGGGGGGGGCAUAAAUGGGGGAACAGGGAGGCCGGGUCUGCAUCCGAACAAUGCCUCAAUGUUUAAGGAGAUGGCCCCGUGGACGGGAAGUGAUAGGGUUCAGCAGAGUUCUGGGGAUGAGGCGGGCUGUCCCGGAGAGCAGCUGGGUCAGCGGUGA